UACACGGCGAUCUGUCGCUCCGGUUCUCCUCUGCCUUCACAUGCGUCCCCACCGACUCCGCGUAGGCUGGCUGCGCCAAGAUGAGCGGUCGCCCCUGUAGCCUACAAUUUGAACGUCUCACCGCCUGACUAACCCAGAGCCGGGGAGAGAGAGAAAAAGAGAGAGGGGGAGAGAGAGAGACCAUCUUACCUCUCUCACAACCCAUCUUCCCUUCGCUUGGCGUCCGCAGCGCAAGCUGUUUCUUACGGCAUCUUUUCUCUUGUCCACCCCCUCCUCCUGUUCUUGCUGCAUCCCUCCGUUAUUGUCGGGCUCCCGAUUUGAAGGAGAACCCGGAGAGCCGGUCGUGAUUUUGUGGAAAUACAUUUUUUCAUCUUUUUUCCCUGCUGGGUGUUGGUAGCGCGCAGUUGGUGCGCGCUUCUGCAAAUUCCGGUGAAUGGUGGAUUUGGCAAACAUGGAGACCGUGGAGAAGGAAUGCGGGGCCCUCGGGGGUCUAUUUCAGGCGAUUGUCAACGACAUGAAGUGCUCCUAUCCUGUGUGGGAGGACUUCAGUGCCAAGGCCACCAAGCUACAUUCCCAGCUCCGAACCACUGUUCUGGCUGCUGUGGCCUUCCUGGAUGCCUUUCAGAAGGUGGCGGACAUGGCUACCAACACCAGAGGGGCAACCAGAGAUAUUGGUUCAGCUCUGACCAGGAUGUGCAUGAGGCAUCGCAGCAUUGAGGCAAAACUUCGCCAGUUCACCAAUGCUUUGAUGGAGAGUCUGAUCACUCCUCUCCAGGACAAGAUUGAGGACUGGAAGAAGACAGCCAACCAGCUGGACAAAGAUCAUGCCAAAGAGUACAAGAGGUCACGCCACGAGAUCAAGAAGAAGUCAUCUGACACCAUAAAACUACAGAAGAAGGCUCGUAAAGAGAUGCUGGGGCGAGGAGACCUGCAACCUCAGCUGGACAGCGCCAUGCAGGAUGUGACUGACAUGUGCCUGUUGAUGGAGGAGACGGAGAAGCAGGCAGUGCGCCGGGCCCUUGUGGAAGAGAGGGGUCGAUUCUGCACCUUCAUCAGCUUCCUUCAGCCUGUCGUGAACGGAGAGAUCGCCAUGCUGGGAGAGAUCACCCACCUCCAGGCCAUCAUUGACGACCUCACUGUGCUGACAACCGAUCCUCACAAACUGCCCCCAGCUAGUGAACAGGUGAUUAAGGAUCUGAAGGGAUCAGAUUACAGUUGGUCCUAUCAGACCCCUCCUUCAUCCCCAAGCAGCUCUGGCUCCCGCAAGAGCAGCAUGUGCAGCAGCGUCAACAGUGCCCACAGUAGUGCCUCCCGUUCAUCAGGGGGAGGCGGUAGUGGUGGUAUUAGUGUCGGUGGUGGAGGCUCGCAGCCCCACUCACCCACCUCAUCCUCCUCCUCCUCAUAUCGCUACCGCAGCAGCCUGCCGCACCAGCCUCCGCCACCGGGGGGGAUCGCUGCCCACCGCCUCAGCAGCGUCUCCUCCCACGAUUCGGGCUUCGUGUCCCAGGAUGCAAACAUCUACUCCAAGCCCCCCUCGCCCAUGCCCUCAGACAUCACUAGCCAGAAGUCAUCCAGUUCAGCAUCGUCAGAGGCCUCAGAAACAUGCCAGUCAGUCAGCGAAUGCAGCUCCCCCACCACUUUUGGCACAUCCUUCGCUACCUUCCGCCCCGCUCUCUCUCACUCUGGCUCCACCAGGCCUCUCUCUGUCAUUCUUCCCGUUCCUGCGUCCCCACCCUAUAACUGCCCCCCCGGAUCCAGCUCCUCUUCUCCCACAUCAAAGGUUCCUAUCUGGAAGGAUUGGUCAAAAGCAGGUCAGUAUGAGCAGCCCGUGGCUGCAGCAGCAGUUCAAAGGAGAAAGGAACCUCUCGAUAGACUGAGGGAGAACGAGGCAUCACCGGGCUCCCAGGGAUACGCCGGGCCAUCCCAGCCUGAUGACGCGCAGAGAUCCAGGAUGACCCCGGCUACCAUCGCUGCCAAGCAUGGAGAGGAGGUUUCUCCAGCGGCUAGUGACCUGGCCAUGGUGCUGACCAGAGGACUGAGUAUGGAGCAGCAGAAAAGCAGCAGAGACUCCCUGCAGUACUCCAGUGGCUACAGCACGGAGACCACAACCCCGUCCUGCUCCGAGGACACAAUUCCUUCCCAAGGUUCAGAUUAUGACUGCUACUCAGUGAAUGGUGAUGCUGAAGGUCCGGAUGGGCAGACAGAGUUCGACAAGUCCUCCACCAUUCCUCGCCACUCUAACAUCGCCCAGAACUACCGCCGCAUGAUCCAGACCAAAAGGCCAGCCAGCACAGCCGGUCUACCCAGUGGGGUUCUUGGUCCCGGGGCUCAUGGGAUACCAGGACAAGCUGGCGGAGCUGGUGGAGGUGGAGCAGGUACUCCAGGCACUGCCACCAUCCGCCGAACCCCGUCUACCAAACCAGGCGUGAGGCGCACACUGUCCAACGCGGGACCUAUUCCUAUUCGACCACCCAUUGUGCCUGUCAAGACACCCACCGUUCCCGGGGACUCGUAUUCAGCUGGAGCAGGUGGUGGUGGGUAUGCUGGUGGAGGGCACUCGGGUGGCGUGCCUGUGCGUGUGGGUAGUGAGGAGUGUGUGUUUUUCACAGGAGUUGAGGAUGCACAGGGAGCGCUUGAUUAUGUGAAGGCGUCACCGAAGCGCCUCAGCCUGCCUAACACCGCCUGGGGAUCAGGGGCGGCGUUAGAGGUGUAUGCCCAGCAGCACGGUGGCCUUGCAAUGGGAACGGGCUCAGGGGCCGGAUCAGAGGAGGAUCAGAUGAUCGCGGCCAAUCGGCACAGCCUAGUGGAGAAGAUCGGCGAGUUGGUAGCCAGUGCGCACGCUCUUGGAGAGGGGCAGUUUCCUUUCCCUGCCCUCCCUGAUGACCCGGCCCUGCAGCCUACCGGGCCCACCGACACUCAGACAGGGACAGAAGGGGCAGAAGGAGAAGGUUCCGGUGACAUGUUGACCACCAUCAGGAGAGGAGUCCGCCUUCGCAAAACUGUCUCCAAUGACCGCUCUGCACCACGCAUAUUGUGAUUGGAGGAGAAGAAGGAAGAGGAUGAUACUUGUCAGCCAAUAGGGAGUCAGGUGUUGGUGUGGUGCAACCCAACCACCUAGUACAUACAAAAACUUAACCAUGUAGGGGAAAGCUAUAAUAUAACAGAAGAUGAAUGAAAACAAAAACAUACACAUAAAAUAUGUUUAAAGACACCAUUAGAGUAAAUGAUACAUACUAUAAUAAUAAUAAUAAUAAUAAUAAUAAUAAUAAUAAUAAUAAUAUUAACAUUAAUAAUGUUAACCCAUGCUGACAAUUAAAAGUUAAAUACUGAAUAUUGACAGGCUCCUAGCCAGCCACUAUAACUAGUGUGUGUUGGACGCAUGUUUGUCUUCUCUACACCUUCACCCAGGGACGGAAAGACUUGGAGGAAAAACAGAUAAGAUUUAAAAAAAGGCAAAGAAAGAGAGAAAGACUGAGUCCUGUUUGCCAAGUUACACCCUUCCCCAUCUUCUCCAGCUAACCAAUGUCUAACUCCAGAUGAAAGACUGAUGACUGAAGGAGGGGCCCGUGGGGGGCGAGAGAGAGGGGGUCAGAGUGCCAUGUGACCAGCUGGAUUUGAACCCAGGCUGUCUCAGCAGAAACAUACUGUACUUACUUGCCCACUGAACUGAAGCUUUGGUAUUAGCAUGGGGAGCUAACAAGCCGGAGGGCUCCUCUGGUUCAUCCUAAUCUAAAAUAGUCUUAAAAAAUACUGUUGGCAUUGAACCGUGCUAGUGCUCCCUUCCCCUCUCUCUCUCUGUAUGUAGUGUGUGCGCCCAUUUGGGCAAAUGAGUGUGUGUGUGUGUGUGUGUGUGUGUGUGUGUGCUUGUGUGUGAUGGGGGUGGGUAGAGCUCUGCUGCAGGACAGCUGGUUACCCAAUGAGGGCAGGGCUUUUCUCCUGUGUGUUGUGCGUGUAUUUUCUUGUUUAUAUCGUGACGUCAUUUACCUUGUUACCACUGUACGAGAAGUUUCGAGAAGUAAUCCAGGCGUAUAGAUAUAUUCAUAUAUAUUUUCUAGAACCAGAGAGAAAAUGUUAAAUCAGAAAUGGAGCAAUAAAUGUGUUUUAUUUUCUUGUUUCCAAGAAGAGGAUUGAUGGAGGAUUGUAGGUUCUCCUUUGUCACAUUCAGGCAAUCAUCAGGAAUGCUAAAUUAAACAUCGACUGUGAAUUCAUGCCUAGCUGAUUUUGGCGUGUGUCUCUCCCUGUCCCUGUCUCAUUGUGGUGGAGGGAAUGGAUUACAAAAAUGUUGAAAAAAAAAACCUGUAAGCACUUUGAUAGGUGGUAGAGUAUGUACUAAAUGUUGUCAUAGUCAUACUGUAUGAUAGGGAGAGUGAAAGUGAGAGAGAUGGUCGCCAAUAAGACUGUGUCCUGAGGAAAUUAUUUAAUUUGUAGAAGAAGACAUAAAGGGACAAAGAGGAAGUGAUAAAUACUGGUGGAAUUGGAGUGAUUGGUCAAAUGAGAGAUGGGAUAAGAAAGUAGAGCAAAAUAUUUAUGUACAAAUGGAGUGGACGUCAGGGCUGUUCAGGGCUCUACAAGCCAUCGCCUGCUGUGGAUGGUAAAUAGUACUGAAGCUUUUUAUGAUAUGGUUACACUGGUAUCUGAAUGACUGAACACAUAAUGCAAAAAAAUAGGCUGCACAUAUAGGUCAGACUACUACAGUAAUAAUAUGGGCUUUGAAUGACAAAACAAACAUAUGUUCUCACUAGCCAUAAAAGUAGUCACCUUCCCAGGUGAUGCUUCCACCCCAAAACAGUGGAGGUGAAAGGAAUUUUGUUUGUGUUACUCAUAGCACUGAAUCAUUACAUUUAAAAAUUUCAACAGCUACAUGUCUAUCCAGACACAAUGGCUUUGGAUCGUCUACAGACCUCAUCUUUUGUAGACUACUUUCUAUAACGAUAACAGUCCUUCCAACUGUUAACAGCACAUGCAGUAUAUUUUACAACAAGGACACUGUUUCAGAAAACACAGUACUGUUGGACUUUUCAAAUGUCAUUUUUCAGAACUGUGGGCAUGACAAAUGAAGUUCUUUUCACCUCAGUUGUAUCGGGGUGGAGGCAGAAAUCUUGGACAGAUAAAACCAAAAUUAUCAGCAUGCCUAAAUAUUGUUGAGGUACAUGUAGAAAAUAUGUUUAUUUGUAAUUUGGGUUCAACGACACAACAUACAUUAACAAUGGACUUGAAAUGUAUUUGCACAUGUAGUUUAUGUUCAUUGGAUGGAUAUACAUUUGAGUGGCAUGAAUGUACUCUAGAGUUUUCAACACUGACUGCUGUGGGUCUGUGUUUCCAAUACUGUAUCUUAGAAAGUCAUUUUCACUCACAUUGAAGUGCAAAUACAUAUCAACACACCAGCUUAUCUACAAAAAAAUUCUUACCUAUAAAUACUGUAUAUUUUUGCAUUAUGGAAAAGUAAAGUUAAGCCUUGGAAAUAGCUGAACAACAGCCUCAGAUUCGCUCUAGUUAAAAUCUUCCCCUGUGGCUCGACAGUAACAUUUGCCAGGUUGCCUUUGGAACAAUUGUGAGAAACUGGCAAACAAUUGUUGGCCUUUGGUUGCCAUCAACAGCAAACCACUUUUUAACAUAUAAAAAUACGGACAGCAAACAGCAAAACAUGCACCCCAAAAUAAAUAAAUUUUUAAUAUUCAUUGCAUUAGUAACAUAUUGCUGUUACAGUGAGAUCCAGAACCAUGCUGUGUCUUGCCAGCCAGCAUGUUUGUUGGUGCGUUUACUCGCAUGCGCACAGGAAUCUUGAUUAUAGCUGCAAUAAUGUUACCAUUGAUAAAAAAUUAUGAAAACCAUGAACUGUUGGUUGCUAGUGUUGGGCAGUAAAGCAUUACCUGCAGUGAUGACUUUUUUCAGUAACGGAUUACAAUUUGAAAUUCAACAACUUCAUUACAGUUACUAAUCGAAAAUUCCAACCUGUGUGCGUUCUUACAAAGGACAGACUGCAGCUGUAGCUUGGCGCAGGGUCAGGAUAUGCAGCCUCCACCAAAAGAGAAUAAAUAAAUGCACCUUUUCAGUAACAUUAUUUACACGCGGUGUCUUUUUAACUACCGAGCAGCGACUGGUAGAUAAGCCUUUGAUGGUCUUGUUUUCCGGUUCCACAUGUUCCAAUACAGAAGAUGUGACAUGCUGUACAAGUAAUAAAACUAACUACUAUUGCUGUUGAAUAAUGUGUAAUGAGUAAUUGAUUACAUGAAAGUAAGUUGCCCAACACAGGUUACUAGACCAGCAUUUAUUCAGACACAGAAAAUAAACAUAGAUCCCCAGAUCAGGUUCUUUUUUUUAUUUUUGUAUGAACACAAAAUUGCUGUUUAAACUAAAAUAUGCACCAGGCUACCCCAGUAUGGUUCGGCUCAGUUCAGUACAAAUAACCCCGUUCGGCUCAGGACAUGGCUGUAUGAAAGGAUUGCUUAGGGACAUUAAGAUGUACGAAAAGGUGAAUUCAGUUUGGUGCGAUUGCUGAUGGCAAAAGAGCAGGUUUAAAUUAGACUUUUUAAGCUGACUGAGAGUGGAAAAUAUGAGUGGGAUGAGCAUUUCACUGCCUGUUCAUACAAUAUGUAAUCUAUGUGCUGUACUUGUAAAUGAGAAUCAGGCGCACAGAUUUGGUAUAAAGGUUUGUUAGAAAAUAUAACAUGGAAUAUUCAGUUUUAUUCUUUUUUUUCCAUUCUGCAGUACUGUUUGAAUAUUUAGACUUUUAAUUAAUGUAAAAAGAAGAAAAAAUACUCCAGUUGUAACACAAACUACUAAGCUGUGUAACAUAUGGAUGUAGGAUGUGUGGGACGAGAGUGAGUGUUUCCUUGUUUGGCUGUUGAACUGUAGGCUAGUGGACUCUUCAUCAACAUGUCUGUAUGCUCUUCUAGUAGUGACCUUAACAUCGCCGGUGACAUCAGCGCUCUUAACCUGCUCUUUUUGUCAAUACAUUUCCUUUUUUCCUCUUCACUAGAGCACUGUCACCCUCGGCCAGCCCACUUUUUUUUUUAUUACUACCUUUGAAACGGUGCUUUGGCAAUGGGGAUGAUUUAUAUUUUUUUCUGGAGGAAACCUCUGUAUGUAUGUUGUCACAUGUGGAAGCUGUGUGUUGUAUCAGCUGAAUCUGACUGGGUGAGAGGGUGGAAGGGGAGAGCAGCGGGCUUGGACUCAAUCCCCCCAAAAAACUAAUUUUGGGUGAGAAAAUGUUCAUCUGAAGUGUUUGUGUACGACCGCCUGUCGAGGUCACACUGUACAUGAAUAUACGUACGUAUGCUGAAUGUACUGCAAGGUGAAGGGGGACAUCGACUGUACAUGUCUGACGUGCUUGAACUUUUGCAAUGUCAAAACUUUGUUCUUGUACACCUGAAUGAAGUUUACAGUUUAAACUGUUGGAAAGCAAUACAGCGAUAGCAUGCAUGUACGUACAUUCGCAGUGAUGUUCCAGUGUGGGUAUGUUAAAGGAAAAUACCACUGUUAUGUCAUCUCAAGGAUACUUGUGUUCCCCAUCUAAACGCUAUCCCACCUUACAUGGCUCUCAUGUAUGGUUUGGAGUUUAGAGACCCUUUACUAUAUGCCCAAGGACACUACUAGAGCCAAUUCCACUCGUCUGACUGUGUAUGUGCUGUAUAUUUAUUAAUUCUAAACAGCGUGUCUCCUUCUGCGGAGGAGACACGUUGCUUAGUUCCAAAUGAUGGAUAACAACUCAGGACACAACAAGGAAGAUUGACCACCAUGGUCCAUGAUGGUUGAUUUUCACGUCGAAUGUGAUCAAGACAGUCAUAUCAAACUACGCACACCCUGUCAUGCAACAGGAUGACUGGCUAUAGGAUGAGUGUGAGAUGAGAGUAAGAUAAAACACUGCUAUUUUCCUUUAAAAUGCCCAGUUAACAGCACAAAAAGUUAUCUAACUAAACAAUAAUGUCUUUUUCUUAACAUGCUGAAUUAACUGUGUAGUGAACUAAUUGUCUGAACAAGCUGAAAUAACUACUCUUCUGCAGAUGUGUCAAUAUGCCCAUGAGUGUAUGUGUAUGUGGGUAGUAGUAGGCCUACCGGCAUUUGGGCACUGCAGGAGCUACAAUGAAAACAGGACAUUCUGUAGGAACACACAUGGACACAUAGAUUUACAUGCGUGCAGGCAUGCGUGCUUACACAAACACACAUGUACACAUCAUAGGACACACACACACAAAACAAUCCAUUCUUCCUCAACUGAGAAAACUACACAGUCCUAACUACAGCAUGUCCAAAAGCACUGUAAAAAGUAACAUUUUAAAAUUUAUUUUGUAAUUUCAUUAAGUUCAAAAGGUUGAAAAUAUCCCUUCUUAAUUUUCAGUGACAUUACUACAUUUGAAUUUCUCUUGCUAUUAGCUGUCUUGUUGCCCUGCAAGAGUAGCGUGUGAGCUAGACAACAUCUAGAUGAAUACACAAAUGGAACAUGGUACAUUUCUUUUGUUACAGAUUGUUACUCAUAGCAUGCAUACUUGAUUAAAAGUUGAAAUAAUGCCUUCAGAAAGUGAGUGUUCUAUACAUACAGCUACCGUAAGACUGUAGCGCUGUUGAGUAUUAAUACCUGUAGCUCACAUUGGAAUUGUUGACAUUUUGGGAAAUAUUUGCUUUCUUGCUGCAUCUUAGAUUAGCUUAGCACAAAAAUGGAAGCUAGCCUGGCUUCUAUAAAGUUCACAAAUUAACAUGCUAUAUCUUGUUUGUUUAAUUAAAUAAUUAAGUAUAAAAAGGACAAGUUGUUGUGGUUUUAUGGAGGGUAAUGUGCAGGAUUAUUUCUUGCUUGGUCUAGUGACUUCCUGUGGAGUCUCUGCUGAUUGCCUGGCACCCAGUGACAAAACUCUCUCUAAGAAAGAGAAUAAAUAACUGGCUAAAGAGCACAUUUUCCAAAAUGUUGAGCAGUUCCUUUGACAUUAAAUGUAAACUUGGUGAUUCGUUGUUUCAGAAGGUGUGAACACAGUAGGACACUCAACAGCACCAUUGUCUGAGAAGCCUGGAUGUGUAUGAAAAAGAACAAUAAAACAACUAUGUAAUUAGCAUUUCUUGUAUGGAGAAAGCAAAAGAAAGCUGAAUUUACAUUUUUCUCUGAUCCCAGACUUUUUCACACUCAUGUAUCCCUCUCUUUUUUUUCCUCUCUGUUAUCUUCCUCUUUUCUUACGACGCCCCUCAGCCUCCAUCCACUGCUCAGCCCAGUAGGCUACACCCAGAGAUGCCGUCUAGUUGACACAUUAGAAAACAACACGUGUCAUGCCAAGAGUCCCAUUGGCUGUACACGGCCUCUUUGUGCCUCGCAGCCCAUCAAAGCUAAUUAAAAAUAAUUCUUUAUUUUCACCACCGUCCACAGUGAAUAUGAGCUCAGUUUUUCUCUCAGUCCGUCUCCCCUUCACUCUCUUCCCUCCCCUCUCUGUCUGUGUCUGUAUACUGUAUGUCAGUAUGCAUGUGUGCCACAGUUCAAAUGUGUGCGCACGUGUGUGGGGUAAUGGCUAAUGGGUGGUAUUGUUAUGGGUCCUGGGUGUGUUGUUCAAAGAAGGGCUGGAAGCAUUAGCUAGGGUAAACGUCUCCCUGCUGAACACAGCUGUAUGCCUGAUGCUGUAUCUCAGUGCUAGAUUACAUUUUCAUACAUUUUGAUCAGGCUUUUUGGCGUCACCUCACAGGCAGCUUAUAUUACUUUGAUGGCAUGGAAUCAAUAAAGAGCAUUGGUACUUAUGUUAAAUUGAGCUAAACUGGUUAAGGUAAAAAGCCACGCAAAGGCAGACUUUUGUUGAACUGCUGCCGCUGUGGCCACAUAUGAGACAAAUACAGCAUAAUGGUAAAUGCUAAGAUGGAUUGUAACAUUAGCACAGGAAGGAAAGAGUUAAAGCUGCCAACAUUAAAUAACAUUAGCUGCCGUUAGUCAGUGGGCAACGAUAUAUUUUAUCUGCCAUGAAUUUAACUUUUUAUUUGUAAGAGGAAAAAUUGGACUUCAUUCAAAAGUUACAUAACCUUACUUUCAGUAGAAGCUAAAAAACAAGAUCAUAAUUUCAAAUGGCAUAAUGCCAAACCAGUACAUUACCAAAUCACUUUAAAAGUCUAAGUUUUCAACAGAGGAAGUAUUGUCAUAGGCCUUAGGCUCUAUUUAAGGCAGAAGUAAGUCUCUAGUACAGUGACCUGAUUUUUACUCAUAUCAAAGUACAUUUUUGUAAACAUGCUUUCACUUAAUUCAGAUGAAUUUAAAGAAAACAGUACUUUUACUCAUAAUUUGAAAAUUAAAAUAAUACUAUAAAUAUAAUAAUAAUAAAAAUAAAAGUACAGUAAAACAGAUGCUCAGGCUGCCUGAUGAUGGAUGAUCAUAAAACAUUCAACUGUGGCCACCCUCUCUCAGCAGGUGAACUUGUUGUCUAUCUAAGUUUCCCUGGUUACUCAGAUUUAUAGGAAAUUGGCAGACUUAUUUCCACUGUGAGCAUUUGCUCACAGCAUGAACAUGCUGUUAGAAAUCUAUGUGGAAAUUUUGUGAACAACAGCCUUCUUUGUGGUGUGGAAUUCUUCUCUUCGUACCUUUGGUUCCCUUCAAAUAUGUUUACACUGGAAACUCGCUCAACAUGCUGACAUUCUUUGUUUGACUGAUACAAAUAAGAAAGACCCUGCGCUGGCCCCGAAGGACAAAUUGUGUUGUAUUUAUGAUCAAACCAAAAGAAGUAUUUGUAUUUGCUGGAUGUACAACCCACUCGUUUAGCCAUCUGCCCAGGUUAUAUUGAAUGUGUACUUUAUAUAUGUGUGCAUUUGUGUGUGUUGCACAAAGACCCCUACUGUUCCUCCCUCCCACCACCCACACACAAUCUGUCAAUCCUCCCUGCUGUCUAAUACCCAAGAAACCCACUACACUCACACAAACACACAAACACUCGUCUGGAGCGAACGUGACUAAGGUAGAUUCUCGGAAGCUACACGAUGGUUCGUUGAAGUCCUCCAGGGGAUCAUGGUGAAACACAUUGAAACUUCCUGUCAUACAGCCAUGCAGAACAGAGAGGCCAAAGUGGCCUCUUGGUGCCACUGCCACUGUACCUAAACUGAAUGUCUUACUGUCAGUAGUCCAGUUCUCAGUAGUGUCUCUCGCUCGCUCUCUUUCUCUUCUUCCUUCACAGCCUCCAUAUGAACUCUACAAUAAAAUCUCCCCACAACCCACCAUUGAGGCGUUGAUAUCCAUUUCUAUUGGGCUUUAUUGUCCAACGGAUAACAUUAUGACAGCCAACAUCUGCUUCAUUGUUCUGUACAAAAGAAAUCUUUUGCUCCUCUCUUCCCUCCCAAGUAGCCCUGCAGGCCCCGUGGUCUUGUCUUUCUCUCUUCUUUCUGUCUCCUCUUCUGCUCUCCUUCAUUAAUUUAUUGUGAGUUGAUUUCUAAAGUUGUUUCGCCACUGUCGCUGAUGAUAAGGUUUUAUUUUCUGUCUUCCUUUUUGUAAAGUUGACCAUUUUUUUGUUAACUUUAGUCACUGCUAAUGUAACAAAACGCACUGUGAUGAUUCCAGUAUUAAUUAAAGUUGUACUUAAACUGUG